GCCGCCUCGAGGUCAUUCACGCGCAUCUAACAGCCAUCUUUUACUCGAUUAGUGUAUCACCGAAAUUACAUUCGGGCCAAAGGGCUGGCCAACCCCGCGUCAUAUAAGAGGAACGCAUACAUCAAACAAACGGAUGCUCAGAGACACAACCAUCGGACUCGAGGAUGGCGGGGUCUCUGCCGCCCGCCUCGAGCUCUGCAAGCAUAUGCGCAACGCCCGCGAAAUACCCGUCAGCGACUUCAUGAACUACUUUAUGCCCCCUUCGCCCGUCAACGUCGAUCUCCUCACGAAGAAGCUCGCACAACACUCACGCGUCAUGGUCCCGGGAUCGGACUUCACGUACGAGGCACCGCUCUCCACGUCGUCUAACGCACCUAGAUGGGAAGCGUAUACCAAAACGCCGGAGGCCCGCGGCGCGAGCCACGAGAACGAGAAAGACGUCUUCGCUGACCUGGAGAAUAUCGCGGAGCAGAUCGUCGAGUGCUGUCGCGAAAUCGACCCUCGACUGCAGCAGACAAACGAGCUUCGAAGCAACGGUACCAAGACACUGCCCGGUCACAUCUAUACCUCUGCCCAGCCUGACGGCAUUCGGGUCCUUCUUGGCAUGAAGCCGUCGUGGUUGUCUGUGGCCCUGUCGGAGGAAUACAAGCUCAAGGCCAGCGACGCGUUGGAUAAUUAUCAGAAGAAUGUCUGGAACAUGUUCCAAAGCAUGCGCUGCGACUUCCGUCGCCGCUUCGUUUUUGGCGUGACCAUCCACAACACCAGCGUCCGUCUAUGGCACAUGAACCGUGAACUCACGGUCAUGAGUAAGAUCUUCGAUAUCAACACGGAUUACCGUACCUUUGCUGACAUGCACGCUCGCUUCGCCUUCGCCACUAUGGACCAGCUCGGCUACGAUCACAGUAUGACAAAACUCUAUCCGGAGAUGCCAAAGGACGAGCGAUACCGCGUUCAGGUCGCUGGCGAGCACUAUAUUACCACACAAGUCCUGGCGAACUACGCCGCGGAGGAUGGCUUCGGGCGCUGUACGCGUGUCUUCCGCGCGUACAAAGAGGGCGACGACCCUUCCAAUGACAGAUACGCCAUCAAAGACGGCUGGCUCGAGCGCGACCGCGACCUCGAAGUCGACGUUUACAAUGCCAUCAUGACGGCUAUCGACUCACACGACUGGUCACAGUAUAGUGCGCCUCCGAAGGAUCUCGUCGAGUACACCGAGAGAGAGUGGACCGGACUGCCCCCCGUCGAUUUCAAGCAAGGCGUCGACGUCGACCGGAAGCAGUUCUUCAUGCCCAUCUUGAAGGGCGAGCGCGUCAAGGCACGAGAUGGGCGUGAUGAUGACACGCGCAGUGUCAUUGCCAGAGGCUACACCGUCCCUUUCCACGAUUGCGAGCUUGUUGGACUUACCAAAGGGGUCACGACAGCCGACUCCCCAGCCACCAGCGUCCGUACGAGUCAGAGGGAUGGCGUCAAAGGUGAUGAGAAGAAGGCCGCCGAGCCUUCCGCGCCCCCCGGUAUUUUCGAGAGACCAACGGAUCCUCGCGUUCAUCAUCGAUCUGUGAUGCUGCUCGCAACACCGCUCGACAAGAUACAAUCUGUGCAGCAAGCGUUUGGUACGCUCUCCGAUGCCACAUACGGCCUCUUCAUCCUUCACUGUCUCAAUUACCGCCAUCGCGAUGUCAGCGCGUACAAUAUAUUCUCGCUAGACGGGCGCGGCGUACUAGGCGACUUCGAGUAUACGAAACAUGCGUCGUCAACGGUGCAUCAUGCAUGGAGGACGGGCACCCCGAACUUCAUGGCUGUCGAAGUGAUGCUCGGAGCUUUCCUGUUCGACCGGCAUGUCAUCAACAACAGGGCUGCUUUAUUGGCUAGGAUGAACUUGGCAGCGCAGCGCUCAGCUCCCGAGAAGAAGCCAUGGGAGUACAGCAGUGUACAUGAUCUCGAAUCUAUCUGGUGGAUUGCUCUCUGGCUACUUUUCCGCCACACGCUUCAACUCCCAUUCCUGGUGCCACCAUACGACGUCGAAGCGCACGAAAGCAAAUACAGCAUUCUCUUCCCUGGGCGCCUCGUUCUCGGUCAUCCACGCUUCGACCACCUGAAGAGCGAGGAGACGUUGUUCAAAGCAUUCGAGGUCCUCCCACCUGUGUGCACGGCAACCGUCAUGAUACUGGGCGUGAUACGCAACGACCUCAUGGACUACUAUCAGCGAAGGGACGAAAACCAGCCGCUGCACCCCGCAAUGUGGUGGAUGAUUGGCUAUAUGCUCGGCAAUGAGGGACGAAAGAUCGGCGGCGAUCUCAUACCCUUUACGUUCCCGCGGCGCCCCAAGCUUCUCGAGACCCCUCCAAAGGAAGAGGUCGACGAAUGGGACGAGGAGGGCACUGACAUCGAGGUUCCUCCUUCGCCUUGUCCUGGACCCCGUUCGGGUACCUUGCUGUCUCUAUCGACUCGUGAAGGCACCCACUCGGACGAGGGCGGCGAGCAGCUGCUUGUGGUCGCAGCGGUCAAGAAGAACAAGCGUAGCAUCUCGGAGUUGAUUGACGAAGCGCCCGUGCAGGAUGAUGUCGAUGGCUCAGGCGACGCUCAUCAUACGGAGAAGAAACGAAAGCAGGAUAUUUAGUUAGGAUAAACCAGAGGACCUCGCAUGAUCCUCGUACUUUACACUUUGCUAGCAAGAUGCGCAGGUGAUAUCCACCUGAGUCUACACAUGCGAGUGUGGCCGAAGCGCAGGACAAAGGACUUGACGAAGGG